GAACAUGAGGAAUGAGGAAGGGAUGCGAGCGAAGGAAACGGGAUGAGGCAAGAGUGACCUUUCCAACUCAAGCCUAGAAAAGAGAAAGAGAAAGAGAGAGAGAGAGAGAGAGAGGUAGAAAAAGAGAGGGAGCAGUCUCCGAGCCUCAUUAACUCUCAUAAAUCGACACUCGGGAAUCCUUCUGCAAAAUCCAGCUGGUCCUUUUUUCCUUCUUUCCUCACUCUCUCCUUUCUUCUCUUUUUCCCCUCUUUACUUCUUUUUUUCUUUUCUUUUUUUUUUGCCCCCUCAUCGCUACGUGAGACGACCUUGAAGCCGGGUCGGGCUGGGGUCAUGAAAGGGAUUGGAAAUUCGCCCUUAACAAAAAAAGGAAAAGGAAGGGAAAAGUGUGGGUAAAGGAGAUUGAACUCAUAUUUUUAGAAGACUUCACUGAUCAACAUUUUGUCGUUACGUAUCAGUCUUCUAUGCACCUUCUCGCUGCAGUCUCGCUGGUCCAGUCUGUUCUGCUGGUGAUGAAAGUGAAGCUCAGCCAACCAUAAUAGGAAAAUGUUUUAAGAUAAAAAAGAAAAGUAAUAAUAGUGAUAAUAAAAACUAAAAUAAGAUAAAAUAAAAACACCGAAAAUAUAAACUCAAAUGCUUUAGAAGUGAGAGAGGUCAUAUCAAUAUGAAAACUUUUUCUGGACAAAAUGAGGAACGGUUUGUAAAGAAAGCCGUUGCCGCCAGCAUGAAACCUACCCCGACGGAGACAUACGCGUAAACUUAUGAAGAAAAAGAAUGUAAAUUCUCAAAAUUCCUUCAAACGAACAAAAGUUACUAAGAUUUAACAGAACAGAUCACUGAAAAUAACCCGCAGUGAUUCCCAAUAUCACAAAUAAGCAAGAAUCCCCUACCACAAUGAAGAUAAAACUAAAAGAAAAGAAAGUCUAAAAUCUAAAAAAGAAAAAGAAAGAGAAAGAGAAAGAUCUUCCCAGGAGGACACACAUUUCCACCUUCAAAAUAUUCAAGGUUUCCGAAGCCUCCUCGCCAACUCCUCAUAAAGUCUUCAGCCAUGGAUUAUUAUGAAGGCUCUGGAUCUUCUCUGGCGAACCUCACCUUCUUCGUCAACGGAACAGAGGACUACGAGGGAAACGAGGUCUUUGCUGAUCAUAACAUCACGGCCAACAGGACAGACGAUGAAGGCGGCUACUGCAGCAGCGAGGCGUGGGACCAGAUGCGCACCAGCUACAAGAUGGUGCACGGCUGCAUGUCGCUGGCGGUGUGCGUGUUCGGCUCCAUCGCCAACAUCAUCAACAUGGUGGUGCUGACGCGGCGCUCGAUGGUGUCGCCGACCAACGCCAUCCUGACGGCGCUGGCCAUCGCCGACCUCCUGGUCAUGGUGGUGUACCUGCCGUACACCAUGCACGUGUACGUGUGGGUGCCGCGGGCCAUCGAGUCGCGCUUCUCGUGGGGCUGGGCCGUGUACGUGCUCUUCCAGGCGCAGUCGAACCAAGUCUUCCAUACGAUCUCCAUCUUCCUGACGGUGACGCUGGCGGUGUGGCGCUACAUCGCCAUCGCGCUGCCGCAGAACAACGCCUCCUGGUGCUCAAUGAAGAACACGCAGCUGGUGAUCGUGCUCACCUUCCUGUGCUCGGUCAUCUGCAACAUCCCCAACUACCUCAACAUCGCCAUCAACCAGAAGGAGUACGGGGGCGCCAUGCUCUACUUCGUCGGCUUCAGCGAGCUGGCGCUGGCCAACGACGGCCUCCUCAAGAACAUCAACUUCUGGAUCUACUCCGUGCUGAUGAAGCUGCUCCCGUGCGUGGCGCUGACGGGGCUGUCCUUCGCGCUCAUCCAGGAGCUGCUGCUGGCGGCCAAGCGGCGCGCAGCCCUCAUGAAGCGAGCCACGGUGGCGCGCAACGCCAACGCGCAGCGGCAGGCCGACCGCGUCACCACGAUGCUGCUGGCCAUCCUGGUGCUGUUCCUGGUGUCGGAGGUGCCGCAGGGCAUCCUGUGCCUGCUGGCCGUCCUCCCCGACUCCGGCUUCUUCAAGUGCUACCAGCAGCUGGGCGAGAUGAUGGACAUGCUGGUGCUGUUCAACAGCGCCGUCAACUUCCUGCUGUACUGCGCCAUGAGUCAGCAGUUCAGGAACACCUUCACGCAGCUCUUCAAGUCGUACUACGUGUACGCGCCGUCCCUCCCGCAGAGCUGGAAGUCCAUGCCCGUGGGCGACGCCCGCGGCGGGAGCAACAACACCUGCAUCACGCACGUGUAGG